AUGGCGCGGCGAUCUGCAUGUCUUAAAUUGUUUAUUAGUCUAUCCAUUUAAAGAGGUCGUCGUUUUAGACGAACUAACGCAAAUGUUUUGUUCUUUUGAUCGUUUUAAUAGUUUUCUCCUUCUUAAUUGAAUAGCUCUUAUUAUACGUGGGUCGGUCGUACUAAAUAGUAUUGUUGUCAUCUUGCAAGUUUAUAAUCGUUGUAUCAAAUCUUAAGUAAUCAAUCUAAUAAGAGAUGGCUGAUUCGAAUUUAUCUGGUGGGCUUUCAAUUCCGGGGUCUGCACAACGACGAAAAAAAGCCUUCAGUGUUUCUCUUCGCGAAAAUGAUUUUGACAUUUCCGAAGUACCUUGUUUGGAAGAAGAAAUAAUCUCUUUAGAUAAUGAUAGAAAUCUAACACCUGUUGCAGACAAAUGUUAUAGUUGUGGACAAACUUUACCAUACAAAGCUUCAAAUGAAAGGGAUGUUAGCCAAAGCAGAACUCCAAUUAACAACUGUAGUCCCAAAAAUCAUAGCUUGAUUAAAAAUUCAAGAACUGAGCUGCAACCACAUACUACUUCACAUUUGGAUUACGAGUCAUGUACGUCUAGUGGAGAAAAUCAUCUUAGUUUGGAUCAUUGCCAUAGGGCAAGAGUGUUGACAACUGAUUCAAAGGCAAAAAAGAAGCUUAUACUGGCAAGCAUUCUUUGUUUGGUCUUCAUGGUAGGAGAAGCUGUGGGAGGAUAUCUUGCAAAUAGUUUGGCCAUAGCCACAGAUGCAGCUCACCUUCUCACAGAUUUUGCCUCAUUUAUGAUAUCACUUUUUAGUUUAUGGCUUGCUUCGAGACCUCCUACCAAACGAAUGAGCUUCGGAUGGUACCGCGCAGAGGUUAUUGGUGCAUUAACAUCUGUUUUGAUGAUUUGGGUUGUAACAGGGAUUUUAGUUUACCUGGCCAUUCAGAGACUUGUUAAUAAAGAUUUCGACAUUGAAGCAAAAAUCAUGUUGAUAACUUCGGGUCUAGGAGUGGUCAUAAACUUAGUAAUGGGUUGCACGCUCCAUCAACAUGGACACAGCCAUGGGGGAAGCAACCACCAGCACAGCCACUCAGCUCCAAUCCAUGACGCUGAAAACCAACCUCUACUCUCUCAUAGCCAUGUAGGACACACUCACGAUGAUGUUGAGAAUAUCAACGUUCGAGCGGCCUUUAUUCACGUUGUUGGAGAUUUCGUUCAAAGUCUCGGCGUUUUCAUUGCCGCAAUAAUAAUUUUUUUCCAGCCGGAUUGGGCAUUUAUUGAUCCUAUCUGCACUUUUCUAUUUUCGAUCUUAGUUCUUUUCACUACGAUCGCAAUUUUAAAAGAUGCGUUGACUGUUUUGAUGGAGGGCUUGCCUCGGGGACUGGAUUUUAAUAGAGUACAGCACACGUUUUUGUCUAUCGAUGGCGUGAUUCGUGUACACAACCUUCGUAUAUGGGCUCUUACAAUGGAUAAAGUCGCCUUGUCCGCACAUUUGGCCAUUCGGCGUGGGUCGAAGACUCAAGAAGUGUUAAUACAAGCUUCGCAACUGGUGCGUUCUAAAUUUAAUGUGUUUGAAAUGACGUUACAAAUAGAGAAAUUUGAGGCUGGAAUGGAAGAUUGUGUGCAGUGCCAAGAUCCUGUAGAUUGAUUCUUUUAUAGAAACUGUGUAUUUGCAAUCUCAAGUUCAAACUCCCUUCUGAGAAUUGCAUUUUCUUAUAUUUGCUCAUAUUGGCCUCGAACAUAUUAAAGCCUUACAAACGAUAUGUUUGCUUUGUUCGCUAUGUAAUUGGUAAGCGUGCUGCAUGAAGUUGAAUAAAAUAAUUGUACUCUUUU